CGUUAGAGAGCCAGGAACCGAGAGCCGGAGGGCGGGACUAACCGGCUACUUCCGGUUCCGGAGGCGGGGGCUCCCAGGAGAGUUUUGCUUCCGGGGUCACCGCGAGUGUCGCGUGCCUGCGACCCACGUUGCGGACAGAACACGGGAAAGGAGAGUGGUGACGCGAAGCUGGGGGCGGGAGCGGGGAGUUUCUGAAGUGGAGGGCCGAGCCCUGAGCCAGUGUGGAAGCCCGGUCUGAGCGUGUGACCUCCACCCGCGUGGAGGGUCCCCGUGAGCGCUAGGAGCUACGAGUGCCUGGAGUUGGGGUUCAGACAGGAUGCAGAAAGCUGUAGAGAUGAGGUUGGCCAGGAGAGUCCGUCGAGGGGUAGUAGACGUGAAGAGAUGAUACAGAGAAGCCGUUUAGAUUGAGGGAUCGUGAAGGCCCUAGAGGUGAGCUGGUGGAGAGAAAUCGUAAAGGACCUAGAGCUUUGAGAAUCUGCAGAGAGGGGCGUAGAGGCGAAAGGGUAGUGUAGGUGUGUAGGGAUGAAGAAGCAAUAUACAGGCAACCAUGGGGAUUAAGAAUUGUGUUCGUAAAGAAGUUUGAGGAGGCCGGGCGGUGGUGGCGCACGCCUUUAAUUCCAGCACUUGGGAGGAAGAGGCCUGUGGAUUUCUGAGUUCGAGGACAGCCAGGGCUACACGGAGAAACCCUGUCUCGAAAAGACAAAAAACAAAACAAAGAAGUUUGAGGAGAGAUAGAGAGAAAAGCCAGCAAUAGUGAGUUCUGUGAGUUCCUAGGGUCUGGCCUAGUGAAGGCACUAAACCAGACACCCAGAGUUUUUGCAGUAGUGGCGAACAACUCCAUUAGGAAUGUGGCUUCUUCUCCGACGUGCAUAUCCCCUCAGGAUCUUGCUGCCAUUGCGUGGGGAGUGGGUGAGUAGGAGGAGCCUGCCCCGAAGCUUGACUCCAGGCCCUCCCCGCAGAAGGUACAGAAAAGAAGCGCUCCCAGCCUUAGAGAUACCAGUGUCGCCUGUGACUACAACUGAAAUCCGCCAAUAUUUACGGGCGCAUGGGAUCCCCUUCCAGGAUGGCCACAGCUGCCUUCGAGCACCAAGUCCCUUUGUGGCGUCCACAGACAUCAAAAAUCAAAAACAGGAUGCCGCCACUUCCUUCUGCCUCUUCAUCGACAAGACCACAGGGCACUUUCUCUGCAUGACCAGCCUGGCAGAAGGGAGCUGGGAAGACUUCCAGGCCAGUGUGGAGGGACGAGGGGAUGGGGCCAAAGAGGGAGUGCUACUUAGGGAGGGCACAGAAGCUGAGGACAGGGAGGAGGUCUUGAGAAUCUGGAACCGAGCUGUACCUCUGUGGGAGCUUCCUGACCCUGAGGAAGCCCAGCUAGCCCGUGUGAUGUUUGGCCUCACCAAGGUGACAGAUGACACACUCAGGAGAUUCAGUGUCCGCUAUCUUCGAUCUACUCGAAGUCUGGUCUUCCCUUGGUUCACCCCCGGGAGCUCAGGAUUACAUGGCCUGAAGCUACUAGGGGCUGAGGGUCAGGAAAAUGGAGUACAGUACGUAGAGACCACUAUUCCCCGGCCUGGUGUCUAUCACAACCUAUUUGGAUUACCACUGAUCAGCCGUAGAGAUGUUGAGGUGGUCUUGACAAGUCGUGAGCUGGACAGCCUGGCCUUGAGCCAGUCCACGGGGCUGCCAACCCUUUCCCUACCCCGAGGAACGGUCUGCCUACCCCCAGCCUUACUCCCUUACCUUGAACAGUUCCGUCGGAUUGUGUUCUGGCUAGGGGAUGACCUUCGAUCCUGGGAAGCUGCCAAACUGUUUGCCCGAAAACUCAACCCCAAGCGUUGCUCUUUGGUGCGACCUGGGAACCAACAACCUCGUCCCCUGGAGGCCUUAAACCAAGGCUUAAGUCUUCCCCGUAUUCUUCGUACUGCCCUCCCUGCCUGGCACAAGUCUAUCGUGUCUUUUCGCCAGCUCCGAGAAGAGGUUUUAGGAGAACUGUCAAAUGUGGAGCAAGCAGCUGGUGUUCGUUGGAGCCGCUUCCCAGACCUGAAUCGUCUGCUCAAGGGGCAUCGGAAGGGCGAGUUGACGGUCUUCACAGGGCCAACAGGCAGUGGCAAAACAACAUUCAUCAGCGAGUAUGCCCUGGACUUGUGUACCCAGGGAGUGAACACACUGUGGGGUAGCUUUGAGAUCAGCAACGUGAGACUAGCCCGGGUCAUGCUCACUCAGUUUGCUGUGACGCGGCUGGAAGAGCAACUGGACAAGUAUGAAGAGUGGGCAGACCGUUUUGAGGACCUGCCUCUCUACUUCAUGACUUUCCACGGACAGCAGAGCAUCAGGUCUGUCAUUGACACAAUGCAGCAUGCUGUCUAUGUCUAUGACGUCUGUCACGUGGUCAUCGACAACUUGCAGUUCAUGAUGGGUCAUGAGCAGUUUUCUACCGACAGGAUUGCAGCUCAAGACUACAUUGUUGGAGCCUUCCGGAAGUUUGCUACAGACAAUAGCUGCCAUGUGACUCUGGUCAUUCACCCUCGGAAAGAAGAUGACGACAAGGAACUGCAGACGGCAUCCAUUUUUGGCUCAGCCAAAGCAAGCCAAGAAGCAGACAAUGUUCUGAUCUUACAGGAUAGGAAGCUGGUGACUGGCCCUGGGAAACGGUAUCUGCAGGUGUCCAAGAAUCGAUUUGAUGGCGAUGUGGGUGUCUUCCCACUUGAGUUCAACAAGAGUUCCCUUACCUUCUCCAUCCCACCCAAGAGCAAAGCCCGACUCAAGAAGAUCAAGGAUGACAAUGGACUAGUGGCCAAAAAGUCUCCUUCUGGCAAAAAAGGGGCUGUGCACCAGAACUCUGAGGCUGGCAUCGGCCAGACACCUCCAAGUCCUCAAGGUCAAAGCAGUGCGCAGAUGCUUGCAAACGAGCCUGGUGGACCAGGCUAAUGCACAGACUCUUGGCCUUCUGCUGGGGCUGGGUUCCAUGGUGAGGAUCUCCUGUAUGCUGGUUUGGUUUUAUUUCCCCAUAGGUUUUUCUGUAUAGCACUGAAAAGACAAGGUCUGCUUCCAGAGAACCGGCAUUUUGUUGAAAGGAACAAAGCAAAGUGAAGAAUGCCAGACUGCUCAGCUAGUUAGGAUUAUUCAGUCUAAAAAGGUGUCUGAGCAGAGGGCAUGUGAAAACUAGACGAGAGCCUUGUAAACCUCCGGAGAAAGGGAUCCAGGUGGAGAAACACACCAAAACCUCAGGUGGGAGUGAGCAAGGCAGACAGAGAGGCCGGGCCCCUGAACCUGCCGUGAAACAGGAGGCUUGCUCAAACUCCAGAGCCUCCGAAUGAUGCAGUGGGCACCAAGCCCCUGCUCUGCUUUGUAGAGCCAGGCAUAAGAAUUGAUCUGAGGUGCUCAUCUUGUACUAUCAGGGUCUCAAAGAUGGGAGCUGCUUCCCUCUGGACCGUGGAAAGAAGCUGCAAGCCUGCAGUGCCUGCCCCCUGGGUACCAAUUUCACUGUAUGCUGCCGCUGACAGCUGGAGCUGGGACUCUGUAGAGCCUUUUCCACUUUGAAUGAAACAUUUCUAUUGCCUUUGUUUCUGUGCUUUUUCCUGUUUGUCCACCAGGUGUCUCCCCACACUAAUUGGAUUCCUUCUCUGAUUUGGGAGUAAUUGGGUCCUUUUCCCCACUUCUGCCUUUGAGCCAUAGACUCCCAAAUAGCACGGAGCAGUACAGGGCCUUUACAUUCCACUGUCUAAAUAUACACCUCCCUUGGCAUAGGGGAAACAGGGUGGUGUGUUAGCUUACCUGAGGACUCCAUAAAAUUCUGACAGAGGUGUGGGCCAAUGGGCCACAUGCUCAGGCCUUGUCUGACCCUCUUCACCUGGGAGGUGAGCCAUUCACAUUUCUCAGUGUAGACUCAAGAACCAGCCUUAGCUGGGUGUGGUGGUGAAUGCCUUUAAUUCCAACACCCGGGAGGUGGAGGUAGGGAGAUUAGGAGUCCAAAGUAUCCUAAGCUACACAGUUUAGGCCAGACUGGGCUACUCAAAACCUUGUCUCAAAAAUAGCUUAUUAUCUCUUUACCUUCACCCUCCUUCAUCUCCUCUUGAGUCCUCCCAUUUCUCCUUACCAUGUGCUAGAGCUCCUGGGAAUUUGUAAAAAUGCAGAGCUUAGAGCAGUCUCUUCUCCCCGGCCUUUACAUACUCUUGAGUUUGGGAGUUUGAUAUGAGGUCUGGAUGCCUCAGUUUAACAAGCGCUAUAGAAGACUGUAGAAUAAAUGAUCCACAGACUGC